AGUCUCUAGAAGGUGUGAAGUGGCCGAAGGAAAAUGAGGAUGAGUUUACUCCCGAUUCUUUCUGUCUUUAGACAGACGAAACUCCUCGUCACACCUCUCCAAUAUGCAGUAACAAAGUGCGGAUAUGCAGCACCAGGAGCAGCACUUGGAAAGACCAAAAAAAUGAAGAAAAGUCUGGCAGGUCCCGGAAAAGUCGUUCUUCCAGUGGAAACUGACACCAACAAACUAGUCAAUUACGUCUGUGGCUCGAACAUCUACAAAGAAGGCGAGGAUAUCAAACUGAAACCCGAGAGUGAGUACCCAGACUGGCUCUGGACGCUUUGGACUGAGAAUCCUCCAGCACUUGAGGACUUGGACCCCAACACCAAAGCCUACUGGAGAAAAUUACGAAAAAUGGGGCUGAGGAGGAAUAAUAUAAAAUCACUUCAUAAACAAAAGAAAACCUCUUACAGAAUAUAAAUACAUAAUCAUGUACACUAACUAAUUAAUCAACCAUUCAGCUGUUAACUAAAAUUUCAUCAAUAAAAUUGUGAAAAACUUGACAAA